GAUCUUCUGAACGAGUGGGAGUUGGCUGACGAGAAGUUGCUAGACAACUUGGAGCUGGGACACCGCUUUAUGACACAACAUCAGACAUGGCGUGCGCUACAUGAACAAUAUGUUCAGCCUGCGAUUUAUAAAGCCAUGAAGGAUAGUGGUGCAGUGAACUGCUCGUCCAUCAAAUUUAAUUUUUGUGGGCCGCCGAUUGAACAAGAAAAGCACACAGCACAUGACAAUGCAGGCACUCGUCCAUACUCGGCAAAACAUAAUGCUGCUUUGUUACACACAGAGCGGCCUGGUACCAUAGCGAGCCAAUCGUUGAGGAGUGCAGCGUGGCACAAGGUCCAAGCCAUGGCUGUCAACCUGCCGUCCAAUUAUGCUUUAGCGAUCACUACCCAUAGUGCUAUGUCCCAGGCUGCAGAGGUCAAGAGGUGA